UAUAAUUUAUGUUGAAUGGAACAGAUUUUGGGGCUUGAUAUAUGCAAGGAUACCAUUGUUGGAAACGAAAUGCAGAGAGGGAUUUCUGGUGGCCAAAAGAAACGAGUAACGACAGGUGAGAUGAUUGUGGGGCCUACAAAAACACUAUUCAUGGACGAAAUAUCAACCGGUCUAGAUAGCUCCACCACAUUUCAAAUAGUGAAGUGCUUGCAGCAAAUCGUGCACAUCACUGAAGCUACGAUCUUCAUGUCGCUACUCCAACCUGCUCCUGAGGCGUUCGAUCUCUUCGAUGAUAUUAUCCUUUUAUCGGAGGGUCAAAUUGUCUACCAGGGACCGCGUGAGAACAUAGUAGAGUUCUUUGAGAGCUGCGGAUUUCGAUGCCCCGAGCGAAAGGGAACUGCUGAUUUCUUGCAAGAGGUUACCUCUAGAAAAGACCAAGAGCAAUAUUGGGCAGAUAGAAGCAAGCCAUACAGAUACAUAUCAGUGACUGAAUUCUCAAACCGAUUUAAACGCUUCCAUGUAGGCAUGAGGCUUGAAAACGAGCUCUCAAUCCCUUUUGAUAAGUCACAAGGCCACAGAGCAGCUCUAGUAUUCACAAGAUAUUCAGUAUCCAAAAUGGAACUUCUAAAGGCCUGUUGGGACAAGGAAUGGCUACUCAUAAAGAGGAACUCUUUUGUCUACAUUUUUAAGACCGUCCAAAUAAUUAUAGGGGCGUUGAUAACCUCGACUGUGUUUUUGAAGACCCAAAUGCACACCAGAAAUGAAGAUGAUGGAGCAGUAUAUCUUGGUGCACUAUUAUUUACCAUGAUCGUUAACACGUUCAAUGGUUUUGCUGAGCUCUCGAUGACCAUUGCAAGACUACCUGUAUUUUACAAGCAUAGAGACCUUCUUUUCCACCCUGCUUGGACUUUCACUCUCCCAACUGUCCUGCUCACUAUUCCUAUAUCCAUUGUUGAAUCCACAGUUUGGAUGGUCAUAACAUAUUACACCAUUGGUUUUGCACCUGAAGCUAGCAGGUUUUUCAAGCAACUAUUGUUGAUAUUUCUGAUCCAACAAAUGGCUGCUGGGAUCUUCAGGCUUAUUGCUGGAGUCUGCAGGACCAUGAUCAUAGCAAACACUGGUGGGGCUCUCACUUUGCUCAUGGUUUUCAUGCUUGGAGGUUUCAUACUACCUAAAGGCGAAAUUCCAAAGUGGUGGCAGUGGGGUUACUGGGUUUCACCUAUGACCUAUGGUUUCAAUGCUAUUGCUGUAAAUGAAAUGUUUUCUCCCAGGUGGAUGAACAAACGGGCUUCAGAUACUGUUACCAGAUUGGGUGUGGCAGUGCUUCAAAACUUUGAAGUUUUCCCUGACAAAAACUGGUUUUGGAUUGGCUCUGCAGCUCUUCUGGGGUUUGCAAUUCUCUUCAACAUCCUCUACACUAUAGCUCUCAUGUACCUCAGUCCUCCUGGAAAAGCACAAGCUAUUAUAUCUGAAGAAUUGGCCGAAGAGAUGGAGGGAGACCAAGAAGAAUCAUGGGAAGAACCAAGACUUAGAAGGCCCAAGUCAAAGCAAGAUUCAUUCUCUCAGUCAUUAUCAUCUGCUGAUGCAAAUAAUUCAAGAGAAAUGGCAAUCCGGCGUAUGAGCAGUCAAUCCAAUGCCAGUGGACUAAGUAGGAAUGCUGAUUCUUCCCUAGAAGUAGCCAGUGGGGUUGCGCCCAAUAGAGGAAUGGUUCUUCCUUUCACUCCUCUGGCAAUGUCCUUUGAUGAUGUUAAUUACUAUGUGGACAUGCCUCCCGAAAUGAAAGAAGAAGGAGUGACUGAGGACAGGCUGCAGCUACUUCGUGAAGUAACCGGUGCUUUUAGGCCUGGGGUCUUGACUGCUCUAAUGGGGAUCAGCGGGGCUGGAAAGACAACUUUGAUGGAUGUCUUAGCAGGAAGAAAGACUGGUGGUUACAUUGAAGGCGAUAUUAGAAUUUCCGGGUUCCCUAAGAAACAAGAAACCUUUGCAAGAAUUUCUGGUUAUUGUGAACAAACUGAUAUCCACUCACCCCAAGUCACUGUCAAAGAGUCGCUAAUUUACUCAGCUUUCCUUAGGCUCCCUAAAGAAGUCUGCAAACAGGACAAGAUGAUUUUCGUCCAAGAGGUGAUGGAAUUGGUCGAGCUAGACAGUCUCAAGGAUGCUCUAGUCGGGCUUCCUGGAAUUACAGGGUUGUCAACCGAACAAAGAAAGAGGUUAACAAUUGCAGUUGAGCUUGUUGCUAAUCCCUCAAUCAUUUUCAUGGAUGAACCAACAUCAGGUCUUGAUGCAAGGGCAGCUGCAAUUGUUAUGAGGACUGUUAGAAAUACGGUGGACACUGGGAGAACAGUUGUCUGCACUAUUCACCAGCCUAGCAUUGAUAUAUUCGAGGCAUUUGAUGAUCUUCUACUCCUGAAGAGAGGAGGACAAGUUAUCUACUCGGGACCAUUAGGCCGCAAUUCCCACAAGAUCAUUGAAUAUUUUGAGGCUAUUCCUGGAGUGCAAAAAAUAACAGAAAAGUAUAAUCCAGCCACAUGGAUGCUUGAGGUAAGCUCAGUAGGAACUGAGGUCAAGCUUGGAAUGGACUUUGCUCAAUACUACAGAUCAUCUUCCUUGCACCAGAGAAACAAAGCUUUAGUAAAGGAGCUAAGCAAACCACCACCGGGAGCAAAAGAUCUCUAUUUUGCUACUCAGUAUUCACAGUCAUCAUUACAACAAUUCAAAUCAUGUCUGUGGAAGCAGUGGUGGACUUAUUGGAGAACUCCUGAUUAUAACCUUGUUAGAUUCUUUUUCACCUUGGCUUGUGCUCUCAUGCUUGGAACUAUGUUCUGGAAGGUUGGCACUAAAAGGGAAAGCACUUCUGAUCUGACCAUGAUUAUUGGGGCUAUGUAUUCUGCUGUGCUGUUCGUUGGAAUUAACAACUGCUCCACAGUGCAGCCAAUAAUCGCCACUGAAAGAACGGUAUUCUAUCGAGAAAGAGCUGCUGGGAUGUACUCUGCAUUACCUUAUGCACUAGCACAGGUUAUUAUUGAAAUGCCAUAUGUGUUUCUUCAGACCACAUAUUAUACGUUGAUAGUGUAUGCCAUGGUGAGCUUUCAAUGGACAGCAGCAAAAUUCUUCUGGUUCUUCUUUGUCAACUUCUUCUCAUUCCUUUACUUCACAUACUACGGAAUGAUGACUGUUUCCAUUACUCCAAACCACCAAGUAGCAUCCAUAUUCGCUGCAGCUUUCUAUUCACUUUUCAACCUCUUUUCCGGUUUCUUCAUACCAAGACCAAAAAUACCGAAAUGGUGGGUUUGGUAUUACUGGAUAUGCCCAGUAGCAUGGACAGUGUAUGGAUUGAUUGUAUCACAAUAUGGUGAUAUUUUGGACACCAUUAAAGCACCUGGGAUGACACCUGAUCCGACUGUGAAAUGGUAUGUAGAACACCAUUUUGGAUACGAUCCAAACUUCAUGGGACCAGUGGCUGGAGUUCUGGUUGGCUUCACACUCUUCUUUGCUUUCAUGUAUGCUUACUGCAUAAAAACUCUCAACUUCCAAAUCAGGUAGAAUCUUGUCACACGGAGUCGGAUUACAAGAAGUGAAAUAUAUGUAGGUGUAAAGAUAUGUAAGAGUUUGAGUAUAUUUACGUCUGCAAUUCUAUAAGCCUUGAAUUGUUUUUCUAGGAUAGUAAGAGUAUGAACUUAAAAAUGUCAGUGCUUGUUAGAGAUGGUUAUGAUGUUGACUUUAGUGUAUAGUUUGCAUCUGAAAUGUCAAGGUUGUAGCUUGUAUUGUAUUUGUAUUGCCAUCGAUCAAAGGAGAAAAUUUUGUUUAAUAUAUGCAAAUUAAUAUAAUUAUAGCCCAGAUUCCCGUUCU